UAUUGCUGCAAAAAACAAAACCCUACUAAUAAACCCCUUCAAGAUUCUACAAACCAGGAGUAUUAGAAUGUUGGAUGAAAGCAAGUUUGAUUUGCAUUUGAAGUUAUGGGCACUUAGAAUCCCAAAAGAAUUCUGCAAGGCUGCAACUAAGUUACUUAAUGGACAUAUGUUUGACAAACCACGAAUCAAGCCCAUCACAGAAGACCCAACUAGUGAUAAGACCCGCUAUGUGAUAUUAUCUGAAAGUGUACAAAAUCCUGAUCUUUCAGAUAUCCCAACAGAGAAACUUAACGAAUUAAAGAAGCUAUGCAAGAUUGAAACAGUUCCAUACUCAUUGACACUUGGAUAUUCCUAUUGGGGCACAGACUAUGUGCUGAAGCAGGUUCUACCUCCAGGACUCGAGGCUCCUUCAUCUUUCGAAACCAUAGGUCACGUUGCUCACCUGAAUAUACCAGAUGAACUUCUUCCGUACAAGGAUGUGAUUGCAAAGGUCAUCUAUGAUAAAAAUUACCCCAGAAUACAGACAGUUGUCAAUAAAGUUGGCAGCAUCGCAAAUGAGUUUCGUGUACCCAAAUUUGAAGUUUUGGCUGGGAAACCGGAUAUGGCUACAGAGGUUAAGCAGUAUGGUGCAACCUUUAAGCUGGAUUACGGAUUGGUUUAUUGGAAUUCAAGACUUGAGCAUGAACACAUAAGACUGGUCAACAAGUUUCGACAAGGAGAGAUCAUCUGUGACAUGUUUGCAGGGAUUGGUCCUUUUGCUAUCCCAGCUGCCCAAAAAGGAUGCUUAGUGUAUGCCAAUGAUUUAAACCCAGACAGCAUUCGCUAUUUAAAAGUUAAUGCAGAUAUUAACAAGGUUAACGAUACUCUUCGUGCUUAUAAUAUGGAUGCAAGAUUGUUCAUGUCUCAAUUAAUGGCAGUUCCUGUUGGCGAGUUAAAAGAUGAUGCUUCAGCUUUGGCUUCACCGGCGAAAGCAAAUUCUGAAGAAAGGAAUUAUGAAAUUGCAGGAAGGAAUAUGUCAAGCAAAGAUGGUGAUAAUAUUUCAUGUAUGAAGAAAGAAUCAAUGGUAGCCUCCACUGCAAGCUGUACUGAAGAAAAUGGAAGCUUAAAUUGUGCUGAGGCUCAUGUAGCUGUCAAGACAAAAGGAAGCAAAAACAAAAGAAUCAAGACUUCUGUGACUUUUAGUGAUAAAUCAUGGGAGCACAUCGAUCAUGUGAUAAUGAAUCUACCAGCUUCUGCUCUACAGUUCUUAGAUGUAUUUAGAGGCCUUAUACAAAGGAAAUUUUGGAAAGGAUCUCUACCAUGGAUUCAUUGCUACUGCUUCAUCCGAUCAAACGAGACCCAAGAAUCAGUGGUUUCGGAAGCGGAGUCACUUUUGAAUGCUAAGAUACGUGAGCCAAUAUUUCAUCGAGUUAGAGAUGUUGCUCCAAACAAGGCAAUGUAUUGCCUGAGCUUUCAGUUACCUGAAGAAGCAUGCAUUAGUGAAGAAGCAUGCAUUAGUGAAGAAAUCACUAAGAAGUCUUCAGGUUCUCUUGAUAGAUGUUAGUAUGCACCUCAAAAAAAAAGGCUAGUUUUUGGCAUGGAAAGAAAUAUAUAUCAAGAAAGUCCAUCUUUCAUGAAUUAGUUAUUGUACCUUUUUUACAUCAUCAAUAUUAAGAUACUACUUUCAAGUAAAUGGCCAUAAAGUGCUUAUCUGAAA